ACAUAGAGGUGCAGCACUCCCAACUGGAACGGAAAACUCCCAGGCUAUCUAGCCCUUAAUCCUGCCAUGGCCACAGAAGCCACUGGGUCUAAGAAAUACCUCCAGCUGCUCCUUUUUCAGGUCGCUUUUCUAGGGCCUGUCUUCUGCGGGAACGUGUUGGUCUGGCCAACAGAAGGCAGCCAUUGGCUGAACGUGAAGAUAGUUAUACAGGAGCUCAUCCGGCGUGGGCACGGCGUUACUGUCCUGGUAUCCAAUGCUUCCCUCUUCAUUAAACCCAGGGCUGAGGCUGCAGAGAAGUUUGAGGUCUAUAAUGUGCCCUUCAGGAAAGACACCGUUGAGAACCUGAUCGAGGAUGUAGUGGCACUGUGGCUGAAUAACAGGCCAACCACCUUGACCUUCUGGCAGUUUUACAAGGAACUGGGAAAACUGUCCAAAAACUGGCGCCAGAUGAACAGGCUAAUGUGUGAUGCGGUGCUAACCAACCGAGAGCUGAUGGCCCAUCUGCAGGGAUCUAGCUAUGACCUGCUGCUGUCAGACCCGGUGACCCUCUGCGGGGACCUCCUGGCUCUCAAGCUGGCCAUCCCCUUCAUCUACUCGCUGCGCUUCUCCCCGGCCUCCACCGUGGAGAGGCACUGUGGCAAGAUGCCAGCCCCACCGUCCUACGCGCCCGCAGCCCUGUCCGAGCUCACCGACCGCAUGUCCUUCGGUGAGAGAAUAAAAAACAUCGUGUCUUACUAUCUGCAAGACUACGUUUUCCAGAGCUACUGGGGAGAAUGGGAUAUCUACUAUAGCAAGGUCUUAGAUGGUGUUCACUGGAUCAAUGUGAAAGUGCUGCUGGAAGAGCUUGUUCUCCGGGGUCAUGAAGUGACUGUGCUGGUGCCCUCAAGCAAUCUGCUCAUCGACUACCAAGACACCUCCUCCCCCUUCACUUUUGAGGUCUUGCAAGUCCCCUUUACCCAGAAAACCCUGCAUGCUAUCAUGGACGACUUCCUCAAUUUCUGGAUGAAUGAGGUCUCUAAUCUCUCCCUCUGGAAGAUCAUGUGGAGGAUGAAAGAGGACCUGGAGGUCUUUACCAAUAUGUCAAAGCAGACCUGUGACACCUUGGUGAUGAACCCUCAGCUGAUAGCAAAGCUGCAGCAAGCCAAGUUUGAUGUUCUGGUUGCUGAUCCCCUGUCUGUAGGCGGGGAGCUUGUAGCAGAAAUCCUAGCAAUCCCUUUUGUCUACAGCUUUCGCUUCUCAGAUGGGAAUGUGGUAGAGAAGCUGUGCGGUGGGCUCCCGUCCCCACCUUCUUAUGUGCCUGCUAGCACAAGGGGGCUGACAGACCAGAUGUCCUUCGUGGAAAGGCUACAGAACUUCCUCUUUUACUUUUACACGGAUCUAUUUUUCUUGAAGUUUUGGCGAGACGAAUGGGAUGGGUACUACAGUAAUGUCUUAGGAAGGCCCACAACCCUGUGUGAGACGAUGGGGAAAGCAGAGAUAUGGUUAAUCAGAACAUACUGGGAUUUUGAAUUUCCACGGCCUUUCCUGCCCAACUUUGAGUUUGUUGGAGGACUUCAUUGCCAGCCUGCAAAGCCAUUACCAAAGGAAAUGGAAGAAUUUGUUCAGAGCUCAGGGAAACAUGGCAUCGUGGUAUUCUCUCUCGGGUCGAUGGUCUACAACCUAACUGAUGAAAAAAGUAAUGUGAUUGCCAGAGCCCUCAGCCAGCUUCCACAAAAGGUCCUCUGGCGGUACAAAGGAAGAAAACCAGAAACUCUGGGCUCCAACACCAGGCUUUAUGACUGGAUACCCCAAAAUGACCUGCUUGGCCACCCCAUGACAAAGGCCUUUAUUACUCAUGGUGGGACCAAUGGGAUCUAUGAAGCUAUCUACCACGGGAUCCCAAUGGUUGGGAUUCCCAUGUUUGCCGACCAGCACGACAACAUUGCUCACAUGAGGGCAAAGGGAGCUGCAGUUGAGCUGGAUUUCAGCACACUGAAGACGCAGGACCUAGUCGAUGCAUUGAACACAGUCAUUAACAAUUCCACCUAUAAGGAAAAUGCUCUAAGGUUAUCCAAGAUACACCAUGACCAGCCAGUUAAGCCGCUGGACAGAGCUGUCUUCUGGAUUGAAUUUGUCAUGCGUCACAAAGGAGCAAAGCACUUGAGACCAGCUGCUCACCAUCUCACCUGGUACCAGUACCACUGCCUGGAUGUUCUGGCAUUCUUGUUCACCAGUACAGCCAUUGCUGUCUUCACUCUUGUCAAGUGCUGCUUAUUUUGCUGUAGGACAUGUAGCAGGAUUGCAAAGAGGAAGAAAGAAUAGACAUCCUGUUCCCAUCAGCACUUUUUCUUCUCCCAGGCUGAUUCAGCAAGGCAUUUAUGCACAUUCUUUGGUGAAUAAAAUUGUUAGGAUAUGCUUUAAGCUGGGCAUAUCAUGAACCACGCUGUUGAACUGGGUCAUACUAAAAAGCUGUUGUGUGGCAGAGCUGCUUGCUUAGCCAGCAAAUUCCUUCUAGCCUAAAUAAGAUUGAAUUAUAGUUGCUUUAUCCCUUGGGACCCUGUUAGCUGAUCACACAUGGUCCCUAGAAUUGCUGCUCUAACUUUUCAAAUUAAUUUUGGCAUAUUUCAUAAAUUCAGCCUUCCCAUGUGUGUGGUACUCCCUCAAUCUGCAACUUGUCUCCUUACCUUAACUCUGUCCUCUCCUAUAAUGUCACCCAGGCUUUAUGAUUCACAACCAAAAUGCCUCUCCUGUCAGAAUAGCUCUCUCCAGAUUGAACAGCGAAGCUAAGACCACAGGCUCCACAGGUGCCCAUCUGAAUGGCCAAGAUCAUAAAAAACUGGGAGCUGCAAGUGGCUGGUGAAGCCUGUAUCAUCACAUUUUUACAAAUGGACUGACUGCUUGGCAGCUGAGGGGAGACCAGAGUCCUAAAACCAGCAGAGAAAUUACUUUUCUGAGAACCAUUUAUUUUCCAUUCAGUCUGGAGUCCUGUUGCACAGGCCAUCAUUCUAACUGCAACACUGUAAGGAUGUUAACACCACCUCUGUCAGAAACUUGCCCAUCUUAACCCUCAAAUGCCUCUGAGCCACGCUAACUGAUAAACACAGGAAAACCUUUAGAGACAGCACUUGCAAAGAAGUAACAUUACAUGUGGGAACAGUGCAAUAGUCACUUGCCUUGCCUGAAGAGUUGGAGGGAAAAUAAUGCUGCUCUUAGCUCAGAUAAGAGUGGUAGUAAACACAGCACUCUUGAAAUUGUUCAAGGUGCACUUACUGAUGAAAGCCUACUGAACAGAUGCUAGAUUCAGGCCUCCUAUUCUAGGUAAGGUUAUUCCACUGCUGUGCCUACUUACUCAAGAAAGAACCUGCCCCAAUUUUAACUAAUAUUUGCUGUAUUCUGGAUGCUGCAGAAUUGUUUUUAAACAGAACAAGCUGAGAAAACAUGUUAUAUUUGUUUAUAUAAUAAAAUUCCCUACACUACAUUAA